AUGAACUUUAUUGUGUAUACAGGAGCUACUGUAUACAAAGAUCCAUUAGAAGACAUACUUGGUAGAUCUGGUGUUAUCGUAAAAGAUCUAAUGAAGCCAUAUUUAAACAAAGGUAAGCUAAAAUUAGGUGAACGAGAAGCUCGGUGCACUGACAAACUUUUAGCGAUUCAUUGGAAGGACCGUCGUGACGUAUACAUGUUAACAUCUAUGAAUACAAAUGAAAUGGUAGACACAAAAAAGAUAGAUAGGAAAACAGGAAAAAAAUAUCUUAAGCCAAAAUGUGUAGUUAGUUACAACAAAAAUAUGGGUGCAAUAGACAAGACAGAUAUGUUAUUGAGUUCUACCGAAUGUGUUAGGCGUACAUUGAAAUGGUACAAAAAACUAUUUUUUCAUAUUAUUGAUAUGAGUAUGCUAAAUGCAUAUUCAGCCUAUAAAACAGUUACAGGUAAGCAUAUUUCAUUAGCUGACUUUCAGCUAACUUUGAUUAAUGAAAUAUUACAAAAAUACAAAUCCAGUGUGAAAACAACUCCAAGUAAAGGUAAAAAAAUAAUAAGUACAGACAGCCGUUUAAGUGAAAGACAUUUUCCAGAUUUAAUACCACAAACAUCAAGUAAAAAACAAAGGAGAAAAUGCUUUGUUUGCAGCCACAAGACUGAGGGGAAAAAAAGAACAGAUACAUUAUAUCAAUGCAAUGAGUGCAAUUUUUUUCAAUCAUUAAAUUUUAUAGAAUUUGGUUUAUUUAUACAUAAUAUUACUCAAUCACCGUAUCAUCGCAUAGCUCUUGCACAUUUUGAGAACCACCGGUAAUGAAUAAGAAAACUUGCUAUAACUUGGUAAGUUUUGAUCAAAAAAUUUUUUUUCUAAUUUUAAAAACUUCAGAGUGUAUAGAUUUAUCAAUAUUAGGUGAUAAAAUAAUUAAAUUAAUUUAUCAAAUUUGGUCAGCACAGGACCGUUACAUUCAAUUUUAGCCUUCAGCA